AAGCAGUCGUAGAUUGAAAAAGCGCUAUAUAAGUGUCAAUUAUUAUAAUUAGUUUUUACGCUGCAUUUUUGCGGAAGUACAUGCAUUCACCUUCUGCAAUUACAAAUUUAAUACUAUGAAAAUGCUGGAAGCAUUAUUACUCUCUCCCAGAGCUAAUUACAACCUUAAUAUCGCUUCUUCUUUUUUAAAAUGAUCUUUUUUUUCAGAUUUUAUUAUUUUUCUUGUUUGGUGUGCAAGGCUAAGUGGUUGAUUUCCCACAAAGCUCUGUUUUGUCUAACUUUUGCUUGUUCUACAUGAAAAUUGAAUCUAAAUGUUCUUUCAACCUUUCUGUUCACCUGGUAUUCUUUGUACACUUCGAGCUCUCGGCACUUUAAAAGUCACAUGUAUCAUUUUUCAUUAUUAUUAGUCUCAGGAUUCUGUAACUGGUACUCUCUUGACGAUAAAUUUAAUUCUGACUUGUAGUCAUUUCUUGCUCAAAAGCAGUGCUCUUCAUGGGAAAAGAGAGUGAUACAUUACUUAAAGAAAAUGAAGACUGUUUGAUUAUCAUUUGUUGAUUAUCAUUUGUUGAUAUCAGUGUUCCACAGUAGAAAAUAGACGAUUUCUGUCAUUGCCAAUCUUGACAUCAUUGACAUGUUUAUUUUUCCACCUGGAUAUCACUUCUCUCAAAAGUUCAGAACAACAAUGUAUAUCUUCAUAUUCCUACUUACUCUUUAUGGAAGGGGUUGUAAUUCACAAUGUCAGGAUCCAUGUCAUUGUGAGCAGCAGGGUGUGAAUUUUAGAAUGACAUGUACAGAUCGUUAUCUAGAAGAUGUUCCAAAGGAUCUCCCGUGUCAUGUUGGUGUACUUAACUUGCGCAGAAACUUUAUCGCCGCUCUAUACAGAGAGUCAUUCCCAUGUCAAUACAGGUUGAGGGAACUUCUUCUGUCCAAUAACCAGCUACACUACAUCGAGAAGCGAGUCUUGGAUGAUGCAGGAGAACUUAUGCUCAUAGAACUUCACUCUAACUUCCUUCAGAGCAUUCCAUACCUUGGUUCAUUACCCAUCAUUCUACAAAUAUCUGUCAUGCGGAACUCAUUGGCAGAGUGGAAUAAUCAAACACUUCAGAAUACAUCACACCUUACAGAAGUUGAACUGGCAUACAAUAAACUCACAAACCUACCAAAAAUUAUGUUCAAAUUAUCCAUUUUGAAUUUGAAGGGAAAUGCUAUCAAUGACCUUCACACAACGAUGUUGGCAUAUCCGAAUGCCAUAUCACACCUGAACAUUAACAACAACAAUAUUGAAUACGUGGAUAGAUUACAAACGAUGAAAAACCUGAAGAUACUUAUGCUUGAAUACAACUAUAUAAGACACAUCCGUGACGAUGUGUUUUUUAGUGUUCCUUUUCUAGAAAUAAUUAAACUCCGCCGCAAUAACAUUGUAGAUGUCUCUUCCUUCUGUAAUAUGAUGUACAUCAAGCAUAUAUAUUUGGAAGAAAACAAUAUAAAAGUUGUGAAAAGACCUGCCUUUACUAACAUUCCGAACAUAAAAACAAUCAAUUUAAAGGGCAAUGAGAUUCAUCGUCACUGA